AUGUCGGCCGUCCGGAGGAAAUUCGGCGAGGACCUCCAGGUGGUGGACACCAGCCGGACCGUGACUUUCUCCGCGCCCGUGAAGAGGAAGCGGCAGCGCUUCGUGGAGAAGAACGGCCGCUGCAACGUGCAGCACGGCAACCUGGGCGGGGAGACCAGCAGGUACCUGUCGGACCUCUUCACCACGCUGGUGGACCUCAAGUGGCGCUGGAACCUGCUCAUCUUCAUCCUCACCUACACCGUGGCGUGGCUCGUGAUGGCUUCCAUGUGGUGGGUGAUCGCGUACAUCCGCGGCGACCUGAGCCACGGCGGCCACGACGAGUCCUCCACUCCGUGCGUGGCCAACGUGUACAACUUCCCCUCCGCCUUCCUGUUCUUCAUAGAGACCGAGGCGACCAUCGGCUACGGCCACCGCUACAUCACGGAGAAGUGUCCGGAGGGCAUCAUCCUGUUCCUCUUCCAGUCGCUGCUGGGCUCCAUCGUGGACGCCUUCCUCAUCGGCUGCAUGUUCAUCAAGAUGUCGCAGCCCAAGAAGCGCGCGGAGACGCUCAUGUUCAGCCAGGACGCGGUGGUGUCGCAGCGGGACGGAAAGUUGUGCCUCAUGUUCCGAGUGGGGAACCUGCGGAACAGCCACAUGGUGUCCGCGCAGAUCAGGUGCAAACUCAUCAAGUCCCGGCAGACCCCAGAGGGAGAGUUCCUGCCCCUGGACCAGUGCGAGCUGGACGUAGGUUUUGGCACGGGGGCGGACCAGCUAUUCUUGGUGUCACCUCUCACCAUCUGCCAUGAGAUCAACACCAACAGUCCGUUCUUUGAUCUGUCACAGCGCUCACUCAUGAACGAGCAGUUUGAGAUUGUUGUCAUUCUAGAGGGCAUCGUGGAAACCACAGGUAUGACAUGCCAGGCGAGGACAUCUUACACCGAGGAUGAAGUAUUGUGGGGCCAUCGCUUCCUCCCUGUCAUGUCACUAGAAGAGGGCUUCUUCAGAGUAGAUUACUCCCAAUUCCACAACACUUUUGAGGUCCCCACGCCUCCGUACAGUGUUAAAGAGCAGGAGGAGAAGAACUCAUUGACGUCACCCAAUCCUCUGCCUGUUGCACCAUCUCUUCCCUCUCCUCUGCUGGGUAACAGUGGCCGGGGAGGCCGCAGGGAAAGGCUCCUGUCAGCAGACCAUGCAGACCACAUGCAUUUGGAGGAUCAAGCUUACAGGCUGCCUAAUAAACUCCAAAGAAUGAGCUCCACUAAGGAGGAGCACCUGUGGAGGGCGCUAAAGACAGGGUCUGCCAUACCAGGGGGUAAAGCCUCCAGCACUGGAGACCUGUCUCUUAGUAUUCAGAGGUUUAGGUCCAGCUCCAUCCCCGUGGUCAGGCAAGGACAUCUGGAGGAACAGGUCCAACUGUUGUCCUUGGAUGGAGAUGCUGAGGAUGUUGAUCUGGAGAAACACAGACUUCCAGCAGUUAGCACCAUCUCCACUCCAAUUCCAGCGCCAGUCCAAGUUCCUCUGGCAGGGAGUCGACCCGAAGACAACCUGCCCGCCAAACUGCGUAAAAUGAACGCAGAUCGCUGACUUCUACUUGUAAGAAUAAAAGCUCAAAUAGGCUUGAUGGGCAUUGAA